AUGAUCUCCGACUCCUCCCUCUACUCCCUAGCCGUCUUCCUAGGCGCAGCAAGCAUGUUGAUGAUCGUGCUCUACCACUUCCUGGAAAUCAACAGCGACGAACAUUCGGAGAAUCAGAAAGUGAUGAUUGGGGCGGGUGGGGUGAAGGAUAGUGUGAAUGUUGCUGCGAGAUGA